UUUGAUCUUUCCUUCAAAAUAAUGUCAAAGGACGCAACAGAAGCAGAACAGUUAUCCAAACUUCAUCCGAGAGACCAUCCCCAAGCGGCCGACAGGACGUUUUUCUUGGACGCGUCCAGUCAGGGCCUGACCGCGAUCCCGCCGGAGAUCCUGGCGCUGCAGGAACUGGAAGAGCUGCAUCUGGAGAACAACCAGAUUGAGGAGCUGCCCCCCGACAUCCGCCACCUGCAGAACAUCGUGACCCUCUACCUGCACAACAACAAGCUGAGGAGCCUGUGCCCGCAGCUCGGGCUGCUGAGCCGCCUGCAGAGGCUGGACCUGAGCCACAGCAGCAUCCCGGCCGCCGCGCUCCCGGUGCUUAGCCGCCUGCGCGCCCUGCGCGAGCUGAGGCUCUACCACGCCGGCCUGGCCGAGCUGCCCGCCGUCAUCUGCAAGAACCUGCACCACCUGGAGCUGCUGGGCCUCACCGGUAACCACCUGCGGCUCCUGCCCAAGGAGGUGGUGAACCUCACCAAGCUGCGGGAGAUCUACCUGGGCCAGAACCAGUUCAACGCGUUCCCCGCCGAGCUGUGCGUGCUGGACCAGCUGCGCACCAUCGACCUGGACAAGAACAGGGUCGCGGCCAUCCCGGAGGAGGUCGGGCACCUGGCGGCGCUGCACAAGCUUUACGUGGCACACAACAGCCUGCCCUGCCUGCCCGAGGCGCUGGGCCGCUGCGGCGGGAUGUCGGUGCUCGACGUGUCCCACAACCUGCUGCGCGGCAUCCCGCACGGCAUGGCCGAGCUCGCCGAGAUGACCGAGGUCGGGCUGAGCGGGAACCGCCUGGACAAAGUGCCGCACUUGCUGUGCCACUGGUCGUCGCUGCACCUGCUGUACCUGAGCGACGCGGGGCUGCGGCGGCUGCGCGGCUCCUUCCGGCGGCUGGUCAACCUGCGCUUCCUGGACCUCAGCCGCAACCUGCUGGACCACUGCCCGCGCCAGCUCUGCGCGCUGCGGAAGCUGGAGGUCCUGUCUCUGGACGACAACAGGAUCGGGCAGCUGCCUUCAGAGUUGUGCUCACUCUCAAAGCUGAAGAUCCUUGGACUAACAGGAAAUGAGUUCGUUUCCUUUCCAGAGGAAGUCUUUUCUUUAGAAUCUUUAGAAAAAUUAUACAUUGGGCAAGACCAGGGAUCCAAGCUUACCUAUGUGCCAGAAAACAUUGGAAAACUGCAGAGUCUUAAAGAGCUAUACAUAGAGAACAAUUAUCUGGAGACCCUGCCUGCAGCCUUGGGGUCAAUGCCUCACCUGGAAGUUCUCGAUUGCCGGCACAAUUUGCUUAAGGUGCUCCCAGAUGCCAUUUGCCACGCACAAGCUUUGAGAGAAUUUCUGCUAGAUGACAACCUGCUCACCCAUCUUCCAGAGGAUCUGGAUUUCCUGGUGAACCUCAAAGUUCUGACACUCUCAGAGAACCCUAUGGAAGAACCCCCCAAAGACGUGUGUGCUCAAGGCACGGAGGCCGUGUGGGAUUACCUCAAGGAGAGCAGAAUACUGAAAAUUCAGACGAUAAAGGUUCAGGCCUGGUGGCGCGGAAUGAUGGUGCGGAAAGGAUUCGGGAGAUUUGAAGAACUCCUGAAAGCACGAAAGAAAGGCAAGAUCUCUCCAAAAGAUAAGAAAGUAAAGUGA